GUUUAUUAAAAAGAUUAGUGAAAUGUAAGAGAAUGAGGAAAAAACUAAACAUGAAAUAAAGUUGCGAUGUCGUUCCCUCGCAAAUAUAUAGCGGAUGUGUCUCAUAGCGCAGUCAAGAUGGCGUUCCACCGAGUGGAAUAUACUUGUUAGAAAAAGUGUGUGAAAAAAAAAUGCCGCGGAAAGCUUGAGAGCGACGCGUGCGAGCUUAAGUGAAGUUUCGGUCGCAGAGUGAAUCCUCGUGGCUUCACUAUGCAUUCUAGAUGAAAAUAACUCAAAUGACGGGGUUGAAACAAUGCGUACAUUAACCCAAGUGACAAGGCUUGUUCGCUGAUCUUCGGACAUUGCGGAGAACCGUAAUCGUCGAGCGGCGAACAACGACGCUAUGGCGUCCAUCGGACGUGUGUAUGUGUGUGUCAUUAUUUUUAAUCCGCAAUUAACAGCUAAUUAAGCAGUCGUAACUGCGGAUCACAAGUAGAAUUCGAUGCGUGUGAGAUUCGUGUUGACGCCGGUUGCUAAACGACGCGACUUCCUAGUAUUAAUCGUCCGAACCGGAUCGGUUCAACCAAAAACAAACAUUCUGGGCUGCUUUCAUUUUCCCUGUUUGACAGCUCCUAAUCCAAAUUACGUGGAACAUUAUGAAUAUCUUAUUUCUAUUUCCUCAAUUACGUUGUCACAGACUAAAUUGUGCUUCCGCUAUGAUCUUCUCAUUAAAGAGUAUCGUCCAAAUCGCUGCUGUUAGAGUUUAUACGUAAGCUCGAGAAUGUGACUAAACUGAUUUUUUCAACAAGUGUGUUUAAUUCUAAGUGUUUAUAAUACAAUGUGUGGUUUAUAUAGCGUUUUGAAACAUUUUGUUUUUAAGAGUUUAUAAGGGAAUUUUAAUAAUAUGUAACACAUGCAAUCUUCCAUGUAAACAUUUCUCUAAAUGCAUAAAAGAAAAUAAAAUUAUGGAUAAAUAAUGUAAGUGAUAUGACAACUUAUUUGGUAGUGUGAUGCAGGAAAGAAAGUGACAAGACAUUCCAUGAUUUCACAUAAAAUUUUAGUAAAAUAUAUUGUGACUUAAUGGACUUUACACAUCAUGUCAAAUAGUUUGGACAGUUUUUUAACACGUAUUGGGGAUGUCACUAUAGAACGCGUGACUCCUCGCCCAGGCCCUAAGCCUAAUGAAACGAUAAUGUCGAAUGAAACUGUAACAAACACAAACAUGAAUAAUAUAGAGCCUCAAACAGGAAAUGAUGAAAGUUCAGAGGAAUCUAGCGGUGAAACAUCUGAUGGAGAACAUGACAAGAAAAAUGAUACAUUGCAAUCAGAAGAAAUAGAAGAAAUACGUUCAGAAGGAUCAGGGGACGACAUGGAUUUAGAUGAGACAAUUGAUUCACAAAUUGGUGUACGAGCAGAAUCAGAAAGGCAACAUCAUUCUCAAGCUGAAGAGGAUGAUGAAGAACCAGUUAAUAUAUUGGAUACUUUGCCAUUAGAAGGAGCUCCAAUAGAGGGUCAGGAAGUGUCUGAAGCAGACUUACUUGGAAAACCAAUUUCAAAAGAUACAGAUGAUGAAGGAAGCAUAGGACAUGAAAAUGACAAACAUGAAGGUCAUGCCAUGGAGGAGGAAGGAACAGAGAGUAAUAAAAGGCAUGCUGAUUCAGAACAUUCUGAUACAGCUAAAAAGAAGCAGAAAAAAGAUGAUGGAACUGAAGGAUCUGCGUCAGAAUGUGAAACAAAAGCAGAAAAGAAAUUAGCAAACAUGAGAAGAAAUAUUCGAGAAGUUAUGGAUGAAACUCAACUUGAUGAAGCUACUUUGUCAGCUCAGCGACAAGAGAUGGAACGUCUUCGAAGGGUACAAGAACAACAAAGACUAAUUCGUGAAGUUCAACGACAUAUGGCAAUAACUAGACAAACUAUGAAAGCAAAAACAAGAGUAAUUAGUCUUUUACAAGGAAAACAAAAUCAAGCAGGUACUACUAUUUCACAAUCAUCUCCAUCUGGACCAGUUCGUUUGCCAAACACAGUGUUCUUUAAAGUAAGUUCUGGAUCUGGCACUGGAUCUCAGACUACUUCUGGUAUACAAACAAAUCAAAUACAAAAAAGAUCAGUAGAAAGCUCCCGAUGGCAAAAAGGUAGAGGUAUUUACCAAGGAGCACAAACAUCAAUUUCGCGAAUUGCAAAUCGACCUAGUGGUCCCAAUAUGUUACAACAAAGAAUUCGAAUGAUGACUCCUUCUGUUAGCAUAUCUCCUGUAGUUCCUAAAAAGGAACCUAUGGAUAGAUCUGAAUAUUACUCAGAUUCUGAAAUCUCAGAUAUAGAAGCUGAAGAAACUUUACGUGAGAAACAAAUACAUGCUGCUAAAAAGAUAUCAACUGGGCCAAAGUCUCAAAAAACAGCUAAAGGCAAAGAUGUGGUUACGAUAUCUAGCUCUAGCGAAAGUUCAGAUGAUGAUUGUAUAGUUUUAAGUGACCCAAGUGGUGAAGAAGAAACAGACAACGAAGAUGAUCCAUCCAAUUCUGGCAUGCAUACUAAUGAUAGAUAUAACAUUCCAGAUGAACAUGGUAGAGUGUUAAUAAAUGUCGGUCAUCCUGAAACAGAACCUAAUGUAUUUUUAGCUCCACAAGUAGCUCGUAUUAUUAAACCUCAUCAGAUUGGUGGUAUUCGUUUCCUUUAUGAUAAUAUUGUUGAAAGUAUUGAAAGAUUCAAAACUAGUUCUGGUUUUGGUUGUAUCCUUGCUCACAGUAUGGGUUUAGGAAAAACACUUCAAGUUGCUAGUUUUUGCGAUAUUUUUUUUCGUUGUACUACUUCUAAAACAGUCCUGUGUAUUAUGCCCAUUAAUACACUACAAAAUUGGUUAGCAGAAUUUAAUAUGUGGUUACCAUAUGAGGAUCCUAAUGCUCCGGAAAAGUAUAGUAAAAGUUCUGGUAUUAAAUCAGAAUCUGUUAUUGAGCUUAAACAAGAAGUUAAAGAUGAAAGUGGGAAUCAGAGUGACAUGUCAAAUAUGUCGAGUAUGUCAAAUAUUUCAAGGCCUAUUAGCACAGAAUCAGCUCAUCGUUUUGGACAAGAAAAUACGUCCCAACCUAUGAAUAUUGUGCCAGAAAAUCCGUAUAUUCAUCCAGGAUAUGAAACUCACAAUAUGAUGCCAGGUUAUGUACAAGAUAAUAUGUUGAAUAAAAAUAUAUCAAAUUCGCAAGUACACAUAAAUGAAAAUUAUCACGGAGAUAUUUCACAAAAUGCAUUAUAUAAUACAAAUCCUAAUCCAAUGUCUACCUUUGAAUCAAUAAAAUCAGAAGUAAAUUGUCAUGGUCAACAAAGGUCAAACAUGUCAGAUACAAAAUUUGGCAUGGAAAAUCAGAAUUCUAAUAAUAUAUAUUCUGGUUUAGAGAAUCGGCCACAAGCUCCUAUAUAUCCAGGUAUUGAAACUCGAAAUCCUACAAGUUUGUAUCAUGGUGUAGAAAGUCAUCACUCUGGGUCCAUAUAUUCUAAUUUUGACAAUUCUACUAAUACUUUUUCUAAUUAUAUAAACCGAUCAACUCAAGAAUCAGAUCAAGAAUCAAGAAAAGAUUGUUUUAAAAAUACUUUAUCUUCUAUGAAUGCAGAAGUUAAUGUAAAGAAAGAGCCAGAAGAAAUAGUUAAAAAGGAGGAAAGUACUUGUACAACAAAAGAAGAAAUAUCAAAUGAAGAGAAAAAGGAAAUUGAGAAAGUUAAAACUCCAUUUAGUGUAGAUUCGCCUAUUGGUAUGGAAAUGAGACCGCGGCAUUUUCGUUUACAUAUUUUAAAUGAUUCUCAUAAAACUAUGACAGCAAGAGCCAAGGUAAUUCAAGAUUGGCAAGUAGGAGGCGGUGUUUUGUUGAUCGGAUAUGAACUAUACAGACAAUUGUCUUUAAAAAAGCCAAACAAAGCAAAAAGGAAACGUGGACAACCUUUCAAAGAUACUGUUGAUGUCGAGGAAGAAGACAAGAAUAAAGGAUUAUUAGAUGAAAUGCAUACAGCUUUAGUUAAUCCAGGGCCUGAUUUAGUCAUAUGUGAUGAGGGUCAUAGAAUAAAAAAUUCCCAUGCUAGCAUUAGUAUGGCUUUAAAACAAAUGCGCACAAAACGUAGAAUUGUAUUAACUGGUUAUCCAUUACAAAAUAAUCUUUUGGAAUAUUGGUGUAUGGUUGAUUUUGUAAGACCUAAUUAUUUGGGAACUAAAAGUGAAUUUUGUAAUAUGUUUGAAAGACCAAUUCAGAAUGGACAAUGUAUUGAUUCAACACCACAAGACAUACGUUUAAUGAGAUACCGUGCGCAUGUGUUACAUGCUUUGUUAGAAGGUUUCGUACAAAGAAGAUCUCAUUCUGUAUUGCAAGUUUCCUUACCACGUAAAGAAGAAUACAUCCUUCUUGUUCGGAUGACAUCACAUCAACGUAAACUAUAUGAUACCUUUAUGAAUCAAGUAGUUAAAACACGUGCUGUACCUAAUCCGUUGAAAGCUUUUGCUGUAUGCUGUAAAAUUUGGAAUCAUCCUGAUAUCCUAUAUCACUUUCUACGUAAACGACAGGCUAAUGAAGAAGAUGAUUUAGAUUUAGAGGAAACAAUUGGUGAAAAAUCUACUCCAGGAGGUAAACGUUCUAAAGCACGCCAACCAAAAGGGGAAUCCAAGAAAGGAAAGAAAACAAAUACAACUAUAAAAAAUAAACCAGCAGCUAGUGUUCAACCUAAUUCCUCUUCAUCAUCUAAUACUGAUAACGUAGAAAAUGAUAAUUCACAUACUACUCCAAAACAAAAUAAUUAUUCUAAUUAUCCUCCUAUGCCAAUGAAUAAUUCAGGAUAUUCAAAUUCUAUAUCUCAAAAUUCUUAUCCUCAUGGUUAUCAGAAUUAUAGAUCAAAUGAUCAAAAUACAUAUUAUAGAAAUGAAAAUAGUCAUGGAGAAUACAAUGAAUUUUACAAUAAUCAAGGAUCACAAAGAUAUGGAAAUCAAUCAUUUCAAACAUAUUCACAAACUCCAGGAUAUAAUGCACCACAAAAUUAUCCUAAUCAAUCACAAAAUUAUAUACCAAACAGUGAGCAGUCUACAAAUAAUCAUUCUCAAAGGUAUUCAACUGCUACUUCCAAUUCAGAAUUUCGUUCAGAUCAAAAUCAAGGGAAUAAUUAUGAAGUAUCUGGGAUGUUUCCACGUCAAUCUUAUCCUUAUCAAGAUCAUGGACGUAAUUAUGGAUCAACUAUAAAUCAAGGAUCUAAUAAUUAUUCUCAAGUUCCAAAUCAGUCUUCUUUUCAAUCGCAAAUGCCAAACCAAUCUGCGAAUAUGCCAUUACCUGAUUAUUCUUCAUAUACACCAAAUCAGACUCAAAAUUAUAAUCCUGCAGCAGGGCAAACAAAUACCAUAUAUUCACGAAAUGAAGGUCAACCAUUACAAAAUUCUACAUUAGGAUAUGACACAAAUCAACAAAGUCAAAAUUCAUCAUCUCAAACACCAACUGCUGCAUAUCUUGCAAAUCAACAAGGACAGAAUACAACAUCUGGUCAAAAUCGUGGCUUUUCACCCAAUCAACAAAAUCAAAAUCUUCCUUUGCAAAGUUCUUCUCAUACUUAUGGUGGCUCACAAUCACAAAAUAUUCCAAUAUCAAAUCAACCCCACAAUUAUCCUACUCAAGUAAAUCCAAACCCUUCACCACAAACAUCACUCAAUUUUAGUCAACAAUCUCCAAACACUAUGCCACAGAAUCAACCUCAUCCAUAUAUGACAAAUUCAUCAAAUCAAACGUCAAUUCCACAAAAUCAAAUGCGUGGAUAUUCUACAGCAGCUCAAAAUCAGAUGAAUGUACCACAAAAUUCAUCUUCAUAUCCCACUGGCCAAUCAGCUUCAAAUCCUACUCAAACACAUGGAUAUGCUCAAGAUCAGCAGGGGUCAGUUUCUAAUGCACAAGGUACUAUGCAUGGAUAUUCACAUCUUGUAUCUCCAUCAACACCACAAAAUCAAUCUUAUCCACCUAAUAUGCAAAGCCAAACGGGAACUCCAUCAAAUGCAAAUCAUGCCUAUGGGUCUAAUCAUCAAGGUCCAACAUCAAUACCAUCAACUCCAACUCAUAGGUACAGUUCUUCUCAACAAGGACAGAUAUCACAAUCUCAGAAUCAAGCUCUUCCAUAUUCUCAAAAUCAGCAAACACAGAGUUCUAUAAAUCAAAGUGAUCAAUUGUAUUCCAGACCAGAUAAUCAACAACAAACUCAAACUUAUACACCAACAGCCAACACAUCCCAUGAAUUUUCAACAGAUCGUCAAAGUGGUAGUUCCUCUACCAAUCCUACAAAUAAUUAUUCAAUAAAUCAAACGUCAUCCCAGAAUACUGUUGUACCAAAUUAUUCAACAGAUGGAGCACAUUCAAAUCAAGUAAGUCAAAUGAAGAGUUCAGAGGAUCCUUAUUGGCAAAGAAAUUAUUCUCAACCAUUUCAAUCUGAUCAAUGUAAUGAUCCGUAUUAUCGGGAUGUAAAUCCUAACGUGAAUCGAUAUCAAAGUAAUUACUUUCCAUCACAAAAUUAUCAAAAUCAGUCUUAUGAUUAUAGUAAUAAUCAUAAUUCAGAUAUUAAUACGCGCUCAGAGGAUUCGAAGCCCCAGCAAACCACUACUCACAUUCAAAGCUCAGGAUCUUCAGAGAAGAACAAAAAUAAUAAAGAAAUGACAUCAAGUGUUGGUGUGCAAAGUCAACCAAUUCAUCAAAAUAGUUCAAGUUCUACAAGUUCAGGUUAUGGUUCUGAAUCAAAUUGUCAGACUUCAGUAUCUAGAUCUGUACAAAAUCUUAAUUCAUUGCACAGUCCUCGUCUAAAUCAAAAUGAUUUAGUGAAAGAAGAUGAAAAAGAAAAAGAAGAUUUAUUAGAUAAAGAUAAAGAAGAGAAGUCAGAUGAUGAAAUUCUUACAAAAGAUGAAGAAAAAGAUUGUAAAAGUUCUCCAGGAGGAAAAGAAGACCCUGGUAUUCCAUAUGAUUGGGCAACAGAAUUAAUGAAGGGCUAUGUGCCAGGAUUAAUGGAUGCUUCUGCAAAAAUGACAAUUUUCUUUUGUAUUUUGGAAGAAGCAAUUAAACUUGGUGACCGCGUUUUAGCAUUUUCUCAAUCGUUAUUUACAUUGAAUCUCAUUGAAGAUUUUUUAGCUAGAAAUAGUUUGAAGUAUCCUGAUGGGCAAACAGAUGCUUGGAUCAAAAAUGUAAAUUAUUAUCGUCUCGAUGGCAGUACUAGCGCCUUGGAAAGAGAAAAACUUAUUAAUGAAUUUAAUAAUAAUCCAAAAAUUCAUCUUUUUCUUGUUUCAACGCGUGCUGGUUCUCUUGGUAUUAAUCUUGUUGGCGCUAACCGUGCCAUUGUAUUCGAUGCUUCUUGGAAUCCUUGUCAUGAUACACAGGCUGUUUGUAGAGUGUAUAGAUAUGGACAACAGAAACCUUGUUUUGUUUACCGUUUGGUCACUGACAAUUGUUUAGAAAGAAAAAUAUAUGACAGACAAAUUAGUAAGCAAGGAAUGGCAGAUCGUGUGGUUGAUCAAUGCAAUCCAGAUGCUCAUCUUUCAUUAAAAGAAGCAACUACAUUGUCUUGGGAUUGGGAAGAAGAUAGUCAAGUACAAGAUUUCUCUCAAACGAAAGAUAGUUAUUCUGAUGAAGUGAUGCAUCGUGUAUUAGAACGUCAUUCUUCUUUAUUAACGAAACAGCCUUUCCACCAUGAAAGUCUUUUAGUUGAUAGAAAAGAUAAGAAACUUAGUCAAGCAGAAAAGCGACUAGCUCGUCGUGGUUACGAACUUGAAAAAAUGGCAGCCAACUGUUCCAGGCCCAGUUAUAAUUAUGUUCCUGGAAAUACUGCAACACGGGCAGGUGGAUUACAAAUUCGAGCAAUUCGAGGUGGUGAUAGUAGUACUACUUCUAAACCAGUUGCCUCAGUUAGACCAAUGCAGCAACGUGGUGCUGAAGGUAUAGGUUCGCGUAGUGUAACAGGAAGUCGAUGGAUACCAGCGGAAGUAUGGCAAAGACAGGGAAUGAGUGCACAAGAAAUGACAUUACCUUUAGAUGUUGUUAUUCCCACAAAUUCACCCGAUAAAGGAAGUAUUGUAUUGAAAGCUGGUCAACGAGUAAUGGUACUGAAAAGUCCCAAAGGCAUUUAUAUGCAAUUAGAAUCUGGUAAAAUUAUUGCUAUUCGGACGGCUCUUAAAUUAAAUCAACAAAAGCGAGAAGAAGAACCUAAGAAAGGUGUAUCGUCAAUGGCACAAAGGAAUUCAAAACCAGAAGUCGGAUUUCCAUUAAGAAAUAACUCAGCUAUUUCUAUCAUACCGAAAUCUUCUUCAAGUAAUCAAGCAAGUGGUCGUUCGAUUAAUAAACCAGGAAACGGGCCUAAUUAUAGGCCAUUUGCUGACAAGGAAACUUUAAAGAGACCAAAACCUGUCGUUACUGCAACUGCCAAACCUUAUUUGAGUCAAGUUAAUUUAACCAAUCAAGUUUCUUUAUCAAGGUUACCAAAAAUAAAGCAGGAACCGGUAGAUCAUUCCACACUAGGUGAAAAUUCAAACUCCUCAGAUGGACAAGUUAGAACUGAACAAAGAGUGGAAGAAGUCAGAUUAGAGGAUGUGGUUGCGGAAGUAAGUUCGAAUACAGAUUACAAUCCUAAUCAUAAUCGUGCAACCAGUUCAGAUACCGAUAUUGCUUUACAAAAGUCAUCUGAAGAAAAUAGUCAAGUAUAUACUUCAGAUUCUGUAACUGCACAAAGCGUUCAAACACAGCACGAUCAAACGGAAACGGAAUUGACAUCAAAAAUUGAUAAACAGUGUUCUCCUUCAAUUGAAAAGGAGAUCAUAAAAACAACAGAUACAUUAACAAAUUACGGGCAUGCUUUUCAAACUCAACAAGAAAAAAGAGAUGCGUCCAAUGAUGAAAUUAUAAUUGAAGAUCCAUCGCCGAUACCACCUCAAAUACAGUCGCAAGUACCAUCACAAAUGCAAUCUCAAAUGCCAUUACAAGUAUCUCCGCAAGUACAGUCACAAGUAUUACCUCAGAUACCACCACAGUUACCAACACAAAUACAACCCCAAGUACCUUCCCAGUUAUCAUCGCAAGGACCAUCACAAAUACCUCAAGCAUCACCGCAAGUUGCACCACAAGUUGCGACGCAAGUUGCAACACAACCAACAUCAUCUGGCUCAUUACCACCAUUGUUAACGCAACAAUCAACAUCAUCGACUAUGCAAGUACCAUCAGCGACACCUACAUUACGAGCUACGGAAGUUCCUAAAGGUAUAACAGAUUCAACUAUUGGUUCUUCUGCUACAUCCAUAUGUACUGGAACAAAUACUAUAACAUCUCCAAAAACAGCGGAACCAAGUAUGCGUGAAACUUGUAUACAAAGUGAACCCCUUAAUGUUCCACAAGGUUAUCCUUAUGCUCAGUAUCCACGAUAUUACGAUUAUAAUGAUCCUCGAUCACGAUCGUUGUCCACUCCUUAUGGUACAUAUUUCCCUGGUGUUCCACCUCAUGCAGCAAAUCCUAGAUUACCAAUGGAUACCUCUAAGAGUCAACCAGAUGUAGGAAAACCUAUAGAAGAGAGGGCAAUGAUGAAUGUGCCUCCUGCAUAUUCGCAAGUAUCUAAUACUACUGCCAAAACAUCAGCAAACACUAUAGAAACGAAAGGUGCAGAAGCGAUGGUAACUACAACGGUGGCUACUACUCCUACUAGAGAUGAAACGCACAUACCCACUGCGUUUAGUCAUCCUACGAGUAGUCGUUAUCCUGGACCUUAUCCACCGGGACCGUAUGAUCCAUAUUCACAGCAUUAUCCUCCAGCGCCCGGUUCAUCAGCAACUUAUCCACCAGGUGUAGCUGCUCCUGGAUAUCCAGCAUACGGUGGCCCGAGUUACAACACGGAAUAUGCUCGUAUGUAUACAGCGUUUCAUGGUCCUCCUCCACCAGCAGAUCCUUAUAUACACAGAGGUUAUGCACCCCCUUCUUCACAUCCACCUAAUUAUUAUCCUCCAUUUCCUCAUCCACCACCGCCUUAUCCGAAUUAUUCAUUUUUGUCACCAUAUCCAAAUCCCAAUAUGCCCAGCGAGCCACAGCCACCUGCUCAGUAGGACACUUAAGUGGUAUUAUGAUAAAUGAUUAGUUUAAUAAUUUCAUAAAAUGUCGCAUAUUGCGAAAGUUCAAAGGCUGUCGCGAUUCAGAAGCUUAAUAGACUGAAGCUGUAAAACGCAUUGAUGUAAAUAUUUAGUCACAAGUAUUGUAUUAAGAUAAUAAAUUUACGCAGCUACUUUUUUAAAAGUGCUGUGUUUAUGUCGAGGGAGAUGAGAUAAUCUCAAUUAACUUUGAACUGUGCAAUUUGUUGAAAUGUUCAAAAUAUUUAGCCUUGACUGUCAUGCCGUUUUACGAUGCGUCUAUUCGACUAAGUAAUAUCUGGUUAUAAGUACAAAUAAUUUCUCAAUUUGAUAUUCCAUAAUCUCAAGGAACUGUCUAUGUUUUUUCUAGCAUAUUGACAUAUAUCAUUAUUAUGAUUUUAUGAAUUUAUUGAGAAUUUAUUAAGAAAUAAGGAAAUAUUUUCAACAUAGGUAGCAUCCUUAUUAUCUAUUUUUUAUUUUGAAUGAAAUGCUAGGAAUAUUGAAUGAGAAAUAAUUUUGUACAUUCUAAACGAGUAAUAUAAAGAAGAAAGGAAUGCUGUACACUAUCAUUUAGCUUUGUGCAUAAAUGCUACAUUAAUCACACUUUUAUAUUCCGCACUGAAAAACGCAAGGAAUUCAUUUUGAUUAAAUGCAAUACUCAGAAAAGUAUAAAUUGUAAGAGUAAACUCACAUUCAUAAAACUUAUAUGCCAGCAUUCCAUCUUCCAUUUUAUAUGUUUUAGUUUUUCGUUUUAGUUAAUUUAUGGAGAGUGAUGGAUAUUUACAUAUUAUUUAUAAAAUGAUAUUAUUUAAAAACCUAUUUAAAAACUUAUUAAUAUUUUUUUGAUAGUAAUAUAUUUAUAUGUAUAAUCUUAGAAUUUAAUACUUUUAAUAUUUUGACGAAACUAUUAUAUACAUCAUACAUAAUAAUGAUAUUUUUUAUUAUAUAUUAUUACAUUAUUCAUCACUUCUCCCUAAAAAUAUAUUAUAGGCUGCGCAUCGUUAUUUCGGUUUCCGUCAUUUCAAUAAUUAAUCUCUAAACGAUAAAAUUAGGCUUCAUUUAUACCACAUGCUCUGAAUCUAUGUAUCACCUCUGACUUUUUACAUACAUUAUACGUACAGUAUUCACUUGGAACAUUUAGCAGCCAGUAUACAGUUUACAGCGUCCUUAGCAAGUUGUAUAUGACUAUGUAUUACUAUUAAACGUUACAAUUUCUGAAAUAGAUAAUCUCAUAGUAGAAUGUAGGAUUGUUGUUAACUAGAAUGUCUUACAGUUCAUGACUGUUUUGGAAUAUGAAUAAAAGCAGAAUAGGGAGAGCCAUGAUUCUCAGAAGCGACUUCUCAAGCUCGAAACUGUGAUAUUUUGUCAUAUUCUCGUGUAACAUUUUUGCUUGUAUAUUUUUAUUUAAAAUCAAAGUUCAACUUUGAUUCUUGCAUAAAAUUGGUAGAAACCAAUAAUGAUCGCGGAUGUCGGAAUACUGAAUUAAAAUUGCGCAUUUAUGUUAACGUAAGUUAAUUCGGAGUAUGAACACGAGAUUUUUAAUCAAUUUUCCAAAGGGGAUAUAAAGCCGUAUGCAUGUUUAUCAUGGUGCUCCCUCUAAAUACUAUAGGUGAAUUAUUAUAGAAAAUAAACAUUCAUGCUGAAUACUAUUAGUAUGUAUUUCUCAUUGAAUCUGUCACCUGAUUGCUACGCGAGAAAUACAUUGGGAUCUUACAUGUUAGUACGUACGUGUUGUGGUUGUACGUUUUCUAGGUUUUAAGUGUACAGGAUUGACAUGACGCGAAUAUUAACGUGAGAUGUAUUUUUGCAAACAAGCGACAGAAUCUAUUGCAAAUACAUACGAGAUUAUAUUUACGAAAGAUGAAACAAUUAUUUUGUCUCUGUUAUAGCUUCUUUGCCAUUUACAUACUUGUAAAUACCCAUUAUUUACAUUUCAUACUUUAUUUAUUACUAUACAUUAUCCAUUAUUAUCGCUUUUUUGAUGUCAGAGUAUUGCUCUUAUGUAAAAUAAAUUGUUUACACUGAUCAAGAUUGUUUUUGAUUGUAGUAUUGUUAUGCAAAGAAAUUGAGGCAUAUAUAUAUAUAUAUAUUUUAUAUAUAUAUAUAUAUAUAUAUAAUUGUUUGUACGACGUUUCCCUUUGCGUCUCUGACCAACUGUUUGACUUGAAAUUAACACAUGCAUGUAGAUGCGUAGGAUAAAAAUCUUAAUACAUACUUAUAUGUCAAAAAGGUUAAGGUUGUAAUUAAGGAAUUAAUUUACCCAUAAAAGUUUUAAUAUCCUUGUGGUAACACGAACAAAACUUUCUUGAUUACAUACUUUUCUCUAUGCAUAUUAUGUGAUUUAAUGUGUCACACAUAAGCGGGGUUUAUUGAAAAGUUAUAAUUAAUAAUUCAUUUUGUAGGAGAAAAUCUCAUAUUUUUUUUUAUAAAUCAUUUUCUCUGAUUGUAAUUUUUCUAUAAACCAUGCUACAGUGUAUAAAGAAAAUAAAAUCGUUCGAAAUUAAGAAAAAUAAUUUUUUUGUAACAAGUAAGUUAGUUUGAUAACACUACACUAAUUUAAUAAAAAAAAAAAAAAAAUAAUAAACUUAUAUUUGCGUACGCGCGUCA